AGGUCUCUAUGGCUGUGGUUGACAAAAUAUGCGCGCGUUUUCAGUCUCGCUGGACUCCUCUUCUCCUCUCGUUGUCUUCUCCCACUCUGUUCCUCCUCCCAUUCCACUUGUCCCCACCGGAAUUCCAACCCUUCUCUCCACAAUCAACGCCUCCCAAUUCGUUGUUCUCACGGCCAGCCGUCUCUAUUGCAACUGCACAGAUUCCCCUUCGUCAUCGAAUUCCACUGAUUACGAUGACGAGAAUGAGAUUGAUAGUGACGAGGUUACCGAUGAUUACUUGUUUUCGUCCGAUGAGAUUUCAGAUUCCUCGCAGGAGGACGGUGUGUAUAUUGAGAUAGAGAGGCUAGGGAAGCGGACCCGCAGGAUUCGGGCAAAGAUUGCCAUCGAGGCCUCACUUGACACGAUUUGGGAUAUCUUGACUGAUUACGAGAAGCUCGCGGAUUUCAUUCCCGGACUUGCUGUUAGUCAAUUGGUCGAGAAGAGAGAAAAAUUUGCUCGACUCUAUCAGAUAGGGCAGCAAAAUUUGCUAUUUGGGCUGAAAUUUAAUGCUAAAGGCAUUUUGGAUUGUUAUGAGAAAGAUCUGGAGAACUUCCCCUCAGGGAAGAGGCGUGAUAUUGAAUUCAAAAUGACUGAAGGAGAUUUUCAACUCUUUGAAGGAAAAUGGACCAUUAAACAGGUAACCUUUCUUCUGUCAUUAAGUUGGCUUAUCUAUACUUUUGUCCCUUCGAAUUUCUAGUGUUAAACUGUGCUGCCUAUUACUUAUUUUCAUUGGUGGCUUUCCUCUCAUUGUGGCAAUUGAUAUUAGUUGUGUAAAUUGGCUAUUUAAAAUUA